AUGGAUCCAACAUUUCGUCAUGUAUCAGGACCAGACUAUGUAGAUAGUGAAAGAAGACGUUUUGAAGCUGAAUGUGAAUUUGUUCAGGCUCUUGGAAAUCCACAUUAUUGUAAUUUUCUUGCCCAAAAAGGAUAUUUUAAGGAGGAAUAUUUUAUAAAUUAUUUAAAAUACCUUCAAUAUUUUAAACAAUCAGAAUAUGCAAAAACAAUUGUUUAUCCUCAUUGUCUUUUUAUGUUAGAUUGCCUUCAACAUAAAGAAUUUAGAGAAGCUAUUGGAAAUGUAAAUAAUGCUAAAUAUAUAGAAAAUCAGCAAAUGUUACAAUGGCAAUAUUAUUAUAGGAAAAGAAAUGAAUAUAAUGCUAAGAUUGUUCAAGCAAAGGAAGCUGGUGAAUUAAAGACUACUGAAGAUGUUGUCAAUUUACUAAAAGAAUUGGCAAAUCCAGAAAAAGUUAAAGAAUCUGGUGAUGAGGAAAAUAUUGAAAAAUCUUCAAUAGAAGUGGAUCAAAAUUUGUUGGCUGAAGAUGAAACAGCUACACAAAAAGAAAUAAUGAGAUUAUUAAAAGAAGUUCGUGAUGGUAUGAAAAUAUCUGAAGAUGGAAGUAUAUUAGUUGAAGAGGAGAGUGAUGAUGAUGGAAGUGAAGAAUUAACAUCAGAAAUAAAAGAAUUGUUGGAAGAAAUUGAGCGGGAAACAAAUGAUAGUUUACAAAAGGCAUUUAGUGAGGAGGAAGAUGCUGAGAUAGAAGAAUAUGAUCAAGAUCUUAAACAAGCUCCAUAUUCACAAAACGAAGAUUAUGAAACUUAUACAAGAGAACAAGAGGUAAAACGAAUAGAAGCAGCUUUUGAUCAAGUGGCUGAGUAUGGAGAGUUAACAGAAGAGGAGUUGACUAAAAAUGGAUAUCCAAUUGAUGUAUUAUAUGAUUCAAAUAUUAUUUCUCUAGCAAUACGAUCCAAAGACUCUUGUGCAAAUGAUCAGAAAUCAAGGAAAUAUUAUUGA